AUGUCGAGUCUGGGGAGGGUCGUCCAGGCUUGCGCCAGAUGUCGUCGCCAGAAGCUGAAAUGUGACGCCACCAGACCUUGCACGUUGUGUCUGCGAGCCAAUGUCGAAUGCCAGCCACGCCAAGUGCUAGGGAAGCGAAAAUCAGUCACGGGCGGACAUGCCCACACCCGCGACAACACUCUUCCACAUCCACUUCCUCGAGAACCCAGCAUCGCAGCCUUUUCCACAUCAGAGCCGUCUGAGAGAGACCAUCAGCAGCGACACAGGUUCGAUCGCGAAAGGAGGACGAGCGAGGAUGUAGUUCACGCAACCAGUCCGACAGAAGGUCAUCAGUAUGGCGCCAACAGCUCAGUCAUUAAUUUUGCCAGACAUGUCGCACGAGACCACGAUCUCGAAUCCCCCGAGAUGGGCUCGACCAUUCCAGGCGAUGCGGGUGAGGUGCGUGAGACAUCGUCCGCCUGGCGACUACAGAAGAUUCGUCUGCCCUCUAAAGACAUCAUGAUCCAGCUCGUCCAAGCCUACUUUGAUCGUGUCCAUUGGUUCAUCUUCAUUCUGCACCCCUCAACUUUCAUGGCCAAGGCAGAUACAGUUCUUUCCAAGUCUCGCUGGACUAGACGAGAUCUGCCGGACGUCGUUGUCGUCCUCGCCGUUGCAGCGAUGGGUCUGAAGUGUGUGUUGCACGAUUCAUCCUGGGCCGGUCAUGCCCAAUUACGCGACGAAGGCAUCAUCCCCGAAACCCUGCUAGCCGACCUCAUCACCGAGACCAGGAUCAAUGUCCUGGAUGUGGUGGAUGCGGGCCAGAUUGAAUCAGUUCAGGUCUGUUUGAUUCUUGGGACAUACCUGAUCUAUUCUGGAUCUGCUCAUUCCGCCUGGAGCAUUUUGUCCUUGGCCAUCAGCAGUGUCUAUGCACUUGCUCUACAUUGUGAAGUCCCGUCCGAUGACCUAGAUGUGGCCGCCCAAAUCCGUCGACGGACUUGGAAUCACGCAGUCAUCGCCGAUACAUUCUCGAGUAUGAUUUACGGAAGACCCACCAGUUUGGACUCGGCCUUUGCCCGAGCACAGCCACUUCACGAAAUGGACGACACUGUCAUAGAUGGACCACUUGGUCUGUCUGGCGAGGCUGUUCUUUCCAGUGGACAUCGAUCAGCUCUGUCGUUUCAUAUCUUGAGAUACAAACUAUACUCUAUCAACAAGCAUGCACUCUCCACCUUCCGUCUGCUUCGACUCGGUGAUGUACUCUCUGAAGACGAAUUAGAAUCAUUGGUUGAAUCGGUCAAAGAGAUCGAGCACCUUCUAGCUGAAUGGCGCAAGAAGCUACCGACAUACCUGACUAUGGAACACUACGAUGAUGGUCUGGAACAUAAUGAUCCGCUCCAGCCACGAGGAAGUCCUGGAACCAUCGACGAGGCAACACGGAAGCUAAUGCUGCAAGCCAUCGUCCUCCAAAUCACCUACGACAGCACCGUCAUCUUUGUCCGCAGACCAUUGAUCGAGCACAAAGUCGCAACCAAGCCUAGCGGAUCGCUGACAUCUGCGGCCUAUAAGUACCGACAGAAGUCUCUCAGUGUCGCAGUGGAUGCGGCUCUGAGGAUCUCGCGACUUCCCCUCGCCGAGCUGGAUAACAGCCUCGCAUUAUCUUUCCUCUUUAUGCAUUUCUUCACUGCAGGCGUCAUUCUGUGCAUCAUCCCUCCAACGGAACCAUUCAGCGCACGGUCUCAAGAAUCCAAAGCCGGAGUCAUGCGCAUCAUUAGAGCCAGCCGCGUAUUGGGAAGUAACAGCAAGAUCGGAAAACAUCUCGAUGAAUUGCUAACGGCUCUACUGAGCGCUACCAUCCAGCGAGAACUCAACACUGCCCUGGAUCCACAAACCGUCAUGUUAAACGCCGAGCAUCUGGCACAGAGCAGUACUCUGCAGAAUAGCGACCUCGUUCUGAGCCAGACAGAGAGUUCUCAACCACUGAUUCCGGGUGAGCUGUCCCAAGAUAGAAUCGAUGAAGGUCUUGCACCCAGCCCUCGUGACAUGUCGGGCAUUCAAGACUCGAGUGAGAUUUCGUUUUCCGGCCAGCAGCCCCAACAGGACUACCAUUCGGCAAUGCUCUCGCAACUAGAGGAUAGCAAUUUUCAGUUUGAUGCUCACUUGGACGAGACAUUUGGUGCAUUUGGUCAAGUCAUGUUCAACCUCCUGCCUGAUGACCCAUAUACACCAUGGAAUUGGGGAGGGUCUCUGCGAUGA